UGGAGCUUCAGUAUACUUCCGAUGGGAAGUAUACCAGAUAUGUGUUGUAAGUUAGUCCAACGUAAUAAACUGGUCUUUUGCCGCUGCGUUCUUCACAGCGCUUCAGUUCGUCCCACGGUGCGCUGUAUCUGAACGACGCUCCUAAAAAGUGUCCUCAAGAUGGACUCUCGUGUGUAGGAUUGAUCCCCCCACAGGGAGCAAUAAAGUACCUAAAUAAAUAAAUACAUAAAUAAAUAAGCACACACUAAGUUUUAUGGAGUCUUGCAGCCACCCAAGUAAACUGAAAAAUGGCCUCUACUUUUGUAACAUUAUACCUGGGUUGAUGCAUGUCAGAAUGUUUUAUUAACACUUGAAUCAUCUUGUCAAAUGGUUGUAUUCACUCAAUGUUUCCAUGCGUACAUUUUUUAAAGGACUAGCCAGAAUGCACUCAGGGUAUGUUGCUGUGUGUGUGUGUGUGUGUGUGUGUGUGUGUGUGUUGUAGGCAAGUUCUUCCCACCUAUGACAGUCUGGAUGAGCCGUCGGUCAAAAGAAUGAGCACCAUCUUCACCUCGUCCCUCAACGUAGUCACAACCUUCUACAUCACAGUGGGUUUCUUUGGAUAUGUGAGCUUCACUGAGACCAUUGCUGGGAAUGUGCUGAUGAACUUCCCGUCCAACCUGGUGACUGAGAUGAUCCGUGUCGGCUUCAUGAUGUCCGUCGCCAUCGGCUUCCCCUUGAUGAUCCUGCCCUGCAGGCAGGCCAUCAACACCAUGCUGUUUGAGCAGCAGCAGAAGGAUGGCACCUUCGCUGCGGGUGGGUACAUGCCCCCCCUGCGCUUCAAAGUCAUCACCCUCUGCAUCGUCUUCGGCACCAUGCUGGGGGGCAUCCUCAUCCCCAACGUGGAGACCAUCCUGGGUCUGACGGGAGCCACCAUGGGAAGUCUGAUCUGCUUCAUCUGCCCAGCGCUUAUCUACAGGAAGAUCAUGAAGAAUGGACUCGCUGCUCAGCUGGUGUUGUGGGUGGGCCUGGGCAUCCUACUCAUCAGUACUGUGACCACCCUCUCCAUGUCUGGCGGCAACAGCACUGCACCCCCCAUACGCCAUCGGCCCCCUCCUCAACCCAAAGGCCACGGGGCUCUGCAAGGCGCCGUCAAACUCCCGGAGCUGCCCAACAACCCCGGUACCAUCGCCGAUCCAGUUCUGAACAGAGGGAAGCCAGUGAAUCCGGCUGUGGACCCUGGUGAACUGGCCAACAAACCCAAGCCCCCCGUAAAGCAUCCAGUGGAGGAGCAGCCGAAACCGCCCGCUGAGGGUCUGCGUCCAGCGGGGCAGGUGCAAGGCGAGGCCCCCCAGAUUAAGGGCCCUGUGGAGGCCCCGGACGCCAAGGCCAAAGGGGCGGAGGUGCAGCUGGACCGACCUGAAGCAGGUGUGGCGGUGCCGGACGGUGAGGCCCACCGGCACGAGCCGCCCAUCCCGCAGGACGAGGUCAUGGUUGACGAGAGGAAGAACCGGGAGGAGCUAGAGGAGGAGGAGAAGCAGCAGCAGGAGGAGGCGGAGAAGGAGGACGAGGAGGCCCAAGGAGCCGGCCAGGACCAGGGAGCAGCAGAGGAUGCUGGGAAGGCGGCAGCCGAGGAGGAGGAGGAGGAGGAGGAGAAGAAAAAAGAGCAGGAGGCGGCCAAGGUGAAGAAGGGUGGACUGGACAAACAACAGCCAGCAGGUGGCGCAGCACAUCCCAACGAGGUGCUGGACAAAGCCGUUCAGGCCGGAGGAGGAGGGGAGAAGGUUCCGGAACCGGUGCUGGUCCACAAGGAGCUGCCCAAGCCUGUCGUGGCCGACGGAGUGAAAGUGGGCAGCCUGGAGAAGGUCGAGGAUCCGCUGGCUCCUGCGAAAAAUGAGGCGGGUGCCGUGGGCCCAGACGCGGAGCUGCACCAGGGGGCCCAGUCCCAGGACCAAAAGGAGAAGGACGGCACGGAGGUGAAGGAGGCCAAAGAUGGCGCUGGCGGAGACGACAAGAUGGAGGUCAUUAAAAAGCUUGUUGCAGGUAUGGACCUCUUCUCUCUCUCUCUCUCUCUCUCUCUCUGUCCUUUAUCACUCUCUCUUUCUGUCUCUGUCUCUCUCUCUCUCUCUCUCUCUCUCUCUCUCUUUCUCUCUCUCUCUGUAUCGCUCUUACUUUUAUUUGUGUCACUUCUUUCACUGGUCACUUGUUCCAUUGUUGCAUUCUUUCCCUCAUUUCUCUCUCUCCUCCCUCUGUUCCUGUCCUCCUCCGCCAGUCUCUCUGCAUCCCCUCGGUCUGUGUGUGUUUAUACAGUACAGUACACCUCCAAAACCAGGCUCAAGGUGACAGGCACUGUCACCAGACAGGAGAAACUACUGGCCGUCAUCCAGGAGCAGCACAAGGAGAUCCACCAGGACGCCAAGCAGCCCAAUGCUGUUGAGGGUGAAGCUGGUGCCAAGCCUGUGGGGGAGGCAGCGGUGGACGGCGUUGACCCAGCCAUGCAGCUCCCAGCUGGGGCAGCCGCCGUGGGCCAGCAGCCUGGAGCUCCAGAAGCCCCCAACCAGCCUGGAGGUGGAGGCGGAGGUGCAGUUGGAGGUGAACCCGAUGCUGUUGGAGCAGAUCAUGUAGUGAAGGUCCCCCAGGCUCUGGAUGGGAAGGACAGUGCUGCCCAUGUGCCACUGGAUGGCGCUGUGCCAGUGGCAAAACAGGAAGUGGCAGAGGCAGCAGUGCCCGCCCCUGAAGUGGUCAAGAAAGAGCUGGGUGCCCGAGGGGUGCCCUUACGUCAGCACGUGCCGGACCAACCACUCGCCCAACCUGAUCAGAAACCCCAACAAGCACAACAGCAACAACAACAACAAGCACAACAACAACAACAGCAACAAGCACAACAACAACAAGCGCGACAAGCACUACUACAACAACAAGCACAACUGCAACAAAAACAACAACAACAGCAGCAGCAACAGCAGCAGCAACAGCAGCAGCAACAACAGCAGCAACAACAACAGCAACAACAGCAGCAACAACAACAGCAGCAACAGCAGCAACAACAACCGCAGCAGCAGGCAGUAGCCCAAGAGGACGCCUCACUGAAGCAGAAACUCGAUGAGCUGAGCCAACAAAAGCAGAAAAAGGAGGAAGAGGAGGAGGAGGAGAGGAAGAAGGUGAAGGAGCAGGAGGCGGAGGAGCACCAGCUGCGUCUGGAGAAGGAGCUGGCGGCGCAGCGGGAGGAGACGGUGCGUCUGGCGCGCGAGCGGGAGCGCCAGCAGCUGGAGGAGGAGCGCGCACGCCUGGAGCUGGAGAAGGAGAAGGCCCAGCUGGAGCUGGAGGCCGAGCGCGCGCGCCUGGAGGCCGAGAAGCUGCGCCUGCAGCUGGACAAGGAGAAGGCCCAGCGCGAGGCCAACGAGCUGGCCGAGGCUGAGCGGAAGAUGCGCGAGCUGCAGCGGCAGCAGCAGCUGGACCAGCUGGACCAGGAGCGGAGGCAGGAGGAGGAGGAGGCCGUGGACGCCCAGAACGCCCGCGAGAGGAUCAACCAGGACGCGGUGGGAGCCGGGGCCGCUAUCGGGGCUGGCGUCGGAGGAGGAGGAGCACCGGGGGGGGUCCUUGAGCCGCAGCCGGUGAAGAACGGCGGCCGGGACCUGAAGGUGAACAUGGACGACGGGCUCGUCCAGGGCGAGGAGGAGGAGGAGGAGGAGAAGAAGAAGAAGCGGGAGCUGGCAGGAGGAAGCGACGGAGGCUUGAGGGAGGGGGAGAAGAGAUCCGGCGCUCAGGAGGCGGUCAACAAGAGCAGGGACCACGCGGCUCCCGGCGGGACUGACCUGAAGAGACGCCGGAGGAGGAACGUGCGGCCCCUGCGGGACGAGGGGGGGGACGCAGGGACGGUGCCCAGGCUGGAGACGCUGCUGGACAUGGGCCCACAGGACCUCCACGCCGCCCUGGAGAGUCAGCUGCUCGGGGAGACGCUCGUGCACACGCGCCAGAUCAAAGAGAGCCAGGCCAAGGAGGAGUAGAAGUGUGUUUGUGUGUGGUCUCCUGUGUACACACACACACACACACACACACACACACACACACACACACACACACACACACACACACACACACACAUAUCCCAUGAUUCCAUACUCCCCAGCAUAGAGCCGCUUCAGUGCCCUUAGCCUUGUGUUUUCUAGCCUUAGUGCCUCUCUAGUGGCACUCUGCCUGUCUGUGGCCCUCAGUUCACCUGAGGCUUAGGAGAAAGGCUUUUUGUGAAGUAAAUUGGGGAUGGUCUGUCUGGAUGUCUUGUUAAAGCUUCAAGAUCAUGUGUCUCAUUUUUCAUUCUAGCCACUCUUCCCUGGAGAACCACAUCGUGGACAUGUGAUGUUGGUUUGUUUUUGUGUGUGUGUGGUUGGUUCCGAGGAAUGGAAGGACGGAGAACCUUCUUGUGAGGUUGCAGAAGUCAUAUGAGAUGUAGAUCUAGCUGAAAUGAUCAUUGCGAGACCUUCACAACUCUUUCUUCUUUGGGAAACUUUUGGGGGAAGUUCCUCAUUUGCUCCUUUCUGUUUUGUGUUCGUUUUGUUUUGUUUAUGUUUGUUUGUUUACCUGAGGAGAGUUCUGUUUUUUAGGGGGGUUUUGUUGUUGUUGUUGUUGUUGUUGUUGUUGUUGUUGUUGUUGUUGUUGUUGUUGAGCAGAUUUCAUCAUAAGCACAUGCGUAUAGGGUAAACGGUGGAGACCAGGACGUCCAGUGGGUUGCAUUAAAGUGAUGAUAUCGGGGGGGGGGCAUUUCAAUGUCAUUCGGUCGUACCCUGACAUUGUUGUCAAAUAAAGGGUGUGGUGUGUGCAUGAUUUUAUGCUGUUUACUGUACAAGGGAACCUAUUGCAGCCUCAAGACAAAAAUGGCAUGUAAUAUAUUGAGUUCAUAUUUUGGCUGUACAGGGCCUGAUUAUAUGCUUUAAAGGUCAACAACCUCUGUGACAUGGUCUACUGGAGUAGACUAGUACAGGAGCACAGAGCAUUCUUGGAUUGCUCUCGCAAAGGUUAUUUAGUGUAAACUGUAAACAAGAGACAAUGGUAAACAUCAUGGGUAGUAACAUAGUACAUAAAUUAAAUCCAAAGAGGUUUUUGUUUUGUGAGAUUUUUGUAUAAUAUAUAUAUUUUUAUUUAUUGUAUUCAUGUCUUUGUUGUAUUCUUUUUUCUGAGUUUUUGUGUGAGUGAGGGUGUGAAAUUAGUCUAUGCAAGACCUUCAUUUUACUUCUCACAACUCAAAAGCAAAAGCAGCUGUUGACAGAUGUUUUUGCUGCUUGAGGAAUACGGUGUUGUUGUCCCCUGGUGUUUAUAGUUCAUGGCUGUCCCGUAUUUGUGUGUGUGAUAUUUUUGGGCUUUUUCUUUACGUGUUUUCCUCCAGACAGUGUUAAAAGUCUAUGUUGUUUUUUUCUUCUUUUUUUCUGCAUGUUAAAUAUUGUGUCUGUUUCCUCCUGAUAGAUAUUUUUUUUUCUGGUUUUAUGAUUCAAAGACUUGUGGCCCCAAUGGAGGUUUUGCAUACGUUGGGUCACCAUUGUAUAAUGGCAGAGAAUGCAAAUAUGGAGAAUUCAACAGCUAUCUAAGCAUGCCAGGUACCAGUUUGGCAGUUCACUGAGAACUGCAAAGGUUGAGGACUCCAACCCACCCCCUCCCCCUCCCACUCUGCUGUGAACAUACCCCCAUCAUCUUUUAUUCAAUUGGACUUUCUAUGUGCAUUUUUUCCCCUCUGAGUGCCUUGCCGUUGAAGCACUUGCCACCAGCAUUCCGUACGGGGGGCAUGCGGAGGCUUUGCGUUGUUACACCCAUCUCAAAUGGGACCAGUGCCUCCCUGUCCCUUGCAUUUUUGUGCCCGUGUGAUGGUGACGUGUAGAUCAAACUAACUGCUCCGAUCACUUGGACUCUAUUCUAUUGUCAUAGUACAGAUUGCAGCUUUGAAAUGCAAUGUGUCUCUACAGUGUUGUCUCGCUGUUUGUGUUUUAAUGCGUUUGCUGAUGAUAAAGUACCAUUCCUGUGUAUCAGGGAGCGUUUUACAGUCCAUCUCAAUACGUUAAUUGAUGUAAGGCAUUUGUCAGACUGUUGAUCCUUUUAACUUGAGCUGGAUUUAUUUUCUAUAUGAUAUCUUGAGUGAUUGUCUUUGCUCACAUGUGCUGUAAAAAGGAAAUAAAAGUUUAUAUAUAUAUAUCUAUCCAAGAUCUGGUCGACAUGAGUCUGACUAACAGUUUGGUGGUAAAAAUUGUUCCUGCCUGCCUGUAGUCUCCUUGUACAGAUAAAUUAAACGCUCCUUAACUUCU